AUGGCUGCAACUUUGGCACUCAUAUCUUUUGCCAUCUUUGGCGCCGUGUCAGCUGGCGAUACGAACCAACCGAACGUAAACACUGCUACAGGYACAUCUGCUGUCUACAAAGCUCAGGCAACCGCGGUAACAUAUGAGGGCCGUACCGAUCCCUACAAGACGGGAAAGGUGUUUGACAGAUUCGUCGAGAUCUGGCUCGAGAACACGGACUAUGACAAGGCUGCUGGUGAUCCAAACCUCGCAUAUCUGGCUUCAAAGGGCAUCGCGCUGUCCAACUACUUUGGAGUUACCCAUCCGUCCGAACCAAACUACAUUGCCGCAAUAGGAGGCGAUCACUUCGGCCUCAACGGAGACCCAUUCUCUCAAAUCAGUGAAAAUGCAUCCUCUGUGAUUGAUCUUCUUGAAGAUAAACAAAUUUCUUGGGGGACCUAUCAAGAGGACAUGCCAUACACCGGAUUCGAAGGAGUGGCGUGGGUCAACCAAAAGACCAAGGCCAAUGACUACGUUCGCAAGCACAAUCCAGCAGUCAUUUUCAACAACAACACGAGWCCACGCCGUCUUUCAUAUCAGAAGAAUCUCACCCAGUUCUACGACGACUUGGACAACAAGCGCCUACCUCAAUGGUUGUUCAUCACGCCCAACAUGACAUCCGAUGGACACGACACCUCCGUCACCACCGCUGGCACAUGGUCUCGCAACUUUCUUGAGCCAUUACUCUCCAACGACUACUUCAUGGCAAACACGCUCAUCCUUCUCACGUUCGACGAGAACCACACUUACACAAGCGUCAACCGUGUAUUCAGUAUCCUGCUGGGCGGAGCUGUUCCCUCCAGCCUGCAGGGCACAACCGAUGAUCGGUACUACAACCACUACUCUGACAUCUCCACAGUCGAGGCGAACUGGGACCUACAUACCUUGGGACGCUGGGAUGUCGGCGCCAACGUCUUCAACUUCGUUGCGCAGCAGACAGGAGACGGCUGCAGACCUGACAAUGCGGUCACAGGCAGCUCUCCAAGCAAGUUCUUGAACGCCAGUUAUGCUGGCCCGCUCUCGAGUAACAACCAGGCUCCUUACCCAAUUCCAAACAUCAACGCAACCUCGCCGAACACGUUCCGAACUGUUCUCCCUAUUAUUGCAAAGCUAUAUGCAGACCAACAGUCGUCCGUGAAUGCAUACUACAACAACGGUGUGGAAAUUCCCGACGCACAGCACCCGCCCAAGGGCUAUUGA